UGACUCUUCGCGUGGCUCUCUAUCGCUUGCAUUUGACAAGUAGCGGCUCGUCGCCGUCGCUCGUCGUUGGCUCGUUCGCAUAAUAAUGAAGCCACCGGCCUACAACGCCGAGGAGGUACAGCAGAUAUCGCAGGAGCAGGGUGAGCGCAAUGUAGCUAUGGCAGUGUGCGUGCAGCUGGCAGGGAGGGCCAUAAUCAGGGUGGUCGCGCGCUGCGAAGAGGCCCAGGACAAUCGGAAUCUCGAUCUGUCCGAGUGCCAGCUGAUGCAAGUACCGGAUGCCGUCUAUCAUCUCAUGAGGCACACGGAGCUCAAGAGCUGCGACCUCUCGGGUAACGUCAUCACCAAGAUUCCGCCGAAAUUCGCCGUCAAGUUCUCUCUCAUCACUGAGCUGAACCUGAGUCACAACCAAAUGAGUAAAUUGCCGGAGGAACUGUCGGAGCUCCAAGCGCUCGAGAGGCUCGACAUCUCAUACAACGCCUUUAUCGCCCUACCCGUUGUCACCUUCCGAAUACCACAGCUCAAGCGGCUCCUCGCCAAUAACAAUUCUAUAAUCGAGAUCGACGUGGAGAUGCUGAGGCACUCACCGGCGCUCGAGUUCAUCGACUUGAAGGAGAAUCCACUUCCGGCGCGCAUCCACGACCACUUGCAGGACCUCUCGUUACGGUUGAGGAUCGACUUGUCGUCCCGCCAGCGCGAAGAGUGGGAGGACCUCAGCGUCUGAGCAACAUCGGAGCCUACUCACUCGUGGCUGCGGGCCCGGCUAAUAAUAUGGAGCACGACGGGACGGGGGAAAGGAGGAAGAGUAACUUACAGAGGCGGACACGUCGCACCACGUUUCCUUUCUUUUUCCCAUUUUGUACAGUUUAAUGUUUCGUGCGUAAUAAGCGUGGGACGAUGGGACGCGUCCGCGCCCCACGCAACCCGUUGACAUUUUCCGGCGCGUAUGUUUGAUCGAUCGUUUGUCUCCUUUAAUCCUUAAUAUUCGCGGGUCGAGUUGUCGAUACGGAUAAACGUUACCACGCCCAGUCACAGAUCACGCUCACCCUCUCUCAUCCUUCUCCUCC